AAGAUACUAGUCUUAGAAGUACUGCCAAAAAAAAAAGACAGUAUACACUUCACGGGACGUUUCUUUAUCGAAAACUACAAAUUGGAACUGGAAAAAGAAAGUAUACAUUUCACUGGACGUUCCUUUAUCGAAAACGACGAACUGGAAAGAAGAAAGUAUACAUUUCACGGGACGUUCUUUUAUCGAAACCGACAAACUGGAUAGAAGAAAGUGUACACUUCACGGAACGUUCUUUUAUCGAAAACUACGAACUGGAUAGCC